AUUGUUUGUUGAGUUUGCCCAUUCCUUAGAGCAGUAUAUCCUCUCCAGAGUCUCAACAUGACAGCAGUAUCUCUUAUGCUCUGAUGACAGAUUUUUCCUUCUUGCUUUUGGAUUGGAUAGAUAACGAAAGUUCAAGUCUUUGUAUCUUGAAGAAAUGGCAUUUCUGUUAUCAACAAGAAUAGUCACGCUGAGCCCCAAGCUACACGACACCACAAGAACUAUACAGGAAAACCCAGAAACAACACUUUGUUUUUUCCCUGUUUGCAAAAACACUGCUUUUACAGGAUUGGGUGACAAGAAAAACAGACAAAACAGAGUUUCAACUAUUAGUUUAGCAGUAAAGAACCAAUCUUUUAAUCAAACAACAGAGAAAAUUCAUGGUAAAAUCACACGUAGAAGGGGAAAGAAUCCGGUUUGGAGUGAGGGAAGAGACGAGGAUGAGAAUUAUGGGGCUGUUUGCCCCGGUUGUGGAGUCUUUAUGCAAGAUAAAGAUCCAAAUCUUCCGGGGUACUAUCAGAAAAGGAAGGUUAUUGACAGGAAAGUAGUACAGAAUGACGAUGGAGAUGACAUGGAGGAGUAUUUUGAGGAUGAACUUGAAGGGUUGGAAGAGAAUUUUGUGGAUGACAUUGAGGGAAAAUUUGAGGGAAGUGAUGCAGAAGAAGAUAAUUUGGUAGAGGGAGAUGAGUUUGAUUGGGAUUCUGAUGAAUGGGAAGCUAAGUUUAUAAAAGGAGAGGAUGGUCUAGAGUUUGAUGGUUUUGCUCCAGCAAGUGUCGGGUAUGGUAAUAUUACAGAAGAGAUAAUGGAGAAGGGUAAAAGGAAGAGAUUGUCGAAAGCAGAAAGGAAGAGGAUGGCUAGGAAAGCAAAGGAUGAGAAAGAGGAGGUUACUGUGUGUGCAAGAUGUCAUUCUUUGAGGAAUUAUGGGCAGGUGAAAAACCAAUCUGUUGAAAACUUGAUACCUGAUUUUGAUUUUGAUAGAUUAAUUGCAACUAGGUUGAUAAAGCCUACUGGGAAUGCUAGCGCUACUGUUGUUGUUAUAGUUGUUGAUUGUGUUGAUUUUGAUGGUUCCUUCCCGAAACGGGCUGCGAAGCCAUUGUUCAAGUUGUUGGAAGAGGCCCAAAAUGACCCUAAACUUUCCAAAAAGUUGCCAAAACUUGUUCUUGUGGCUACAAAAGUUGAUCUCCUCCCCUCACAAAUCUCACCUACUAGGUUAGAUAGAUGGGUUAGGCACCGAGCUAAGGCUGGAGGGGCACCCAAACUUAAUGGGGUAUAUUUGGUUAGUUCCCGCAAGGAUUUGGGGGUAAAGAAUUUGUUGGCAUUCAUAAAGGAAUUAGCAGGUCCUCGAGGAAAUGUGUGGGUUAUUGGGGCUCAAAAUGCAGGGAAGUCUACUCUAAUUAAUGCAUUUGCAAAGAAGGAGAAGGCAAAUAUAACCAGGCUUACAGAAGCUCCUGUUCCAGGGACAACUCUUGGGAUUUUGCGAAUUGGGGGGAUUUUGUCAGCCAAAGCAAAGAUGUAUGACACUCCAGGGCUCCUACAUCCAUAUUUAAUGUCUAUGAGAUUAAAUAGAGAUGAGCAGAAGAUGGUUGAAAUACGAAAGGAGCUAAAACCUCGGACAUACAGGAUGAAGGUGGGGCAGGCUGUUCAUGUUGGUGGCUUGAUGAGACUAGAUCUUAAUCAUGCUUCAGUGGAGACAAUUUACGUUACAGUUUGGGCAUCACCAAAUGUUUCUCUACACAUGGGGAAGGUGGAAAAUGCUGAUGAAAUAUGGAAGAACCAUGUUGGUUUCAGAUUGCAGCCACCCAUCGGUGAAGACCGAUCUUCUGAAUUAGGCAAAUGGGAAGAGAGGGAAGUUAAAGUGUCUGGAAGUAGUUGGGACGUGAACUGCAUUGACGUUGCAGCAGCUGGCUUAGGUUGGUUCUCCUUGGGUUUCAAGGGUGAAGCAACAUUGGCAUUAUGGACGUAUGAUGGCAUUGAGAUAACCUUGAGAGAACCUUUAGUUCUUGACCGUGCACCAUUUCUUGAAAGACCUGGAUUUUGGCUACCCAAAGCGAUAUCUGAUGCCAUUGGCAACCAAAAUAAACUUGAACCCCAGAAAAGAAAAAAUUUUGAUGAAAGUGCAGAUUACCUCUCUUAGGUUUCUGCUUGAAGUGGAUUUGUUAUAGUACUGGUCGUUUUGUCUGUAAAAUCAUUUGAAAAAAAACCCAAUGCCUGCUUGGCUCUGCUUGUUCAUCACUUCAACUUAUCUACUGGAGGAAUAUCAUUGAAACAAGCAAGUCUUUUGUAGACCUAAACGGAAAUUCAACAAGCAUUUUGCUGCUUCCUUUGCAUUUAUACGUGCAUGCAUUGCACAAAAUAAAUAGAUAGGAUGAGAUGAAAGAUAAUUCUCUCUAUUUUUAUAUUUU